CCAAACAAGGUGAAUGAGGUGUCCUUGGAUAGCCUUUGAAGUCUAUUUUCAUAUGUGAGUGGUCUCUGUUCGAGGGGAGAGGGUUAUCUUACAAAAAUCGAGCUGGAGUGAGCGGUGGUCUGUAAACUCGAGCUGUGAGAGUGCUGAGGCUGUUUGGUUGAUAUCUCGAGUUAUACCAAUCCAAUUAAGGCGUGUGAGAUACCAAGAGAAAGCUCUCAAGACGAGGAAUCCGUGAAGGUCUGGUUUGCUUCAAUCCGAGUAGUGGAAGGCUUCCAAAUCGUCCGAGCAAAACACAACCGCGCAGAAACGGAUUUACUCUUCUAAAGAAACGAGUUAGCCGGAAAACACCCAUUCUAGGGGCUGUUUUCGUACCAACGUUUAGGGGUUGAACUAUCACUUUGAGGAGGCUGUUUAACACUCAUUUCUAAGCAAGGAAUCAGUUCUCAAGCUUCCUUGGCCGAGGCUUUGGUCAUUGGAUUGAGAAGGAAAGUUUUAAAGCUCAAUUGAGGUUGAGGCUAGAGCUUGUUUCCUGUGCUCGUUGCUUGAGAGAUCAUCUAGGAGGGAAGACUUGGUUCGUGCUUCCUCCAUUCGGUUUUUAAACAUUAAUAAACAUGCUCAUGAAUAUUUUACUAUAGAGCCUGCGUGCUCAUGUUAGCCACGUGUGGCAUUUGUUUUCAAACUAUGUUUUCCGCUACGUAUUCGAUUGCUUGUUAUGUUGUUUAUGGAUGGCUUACGUGUGAAUGAUAUUCGAGACGCCUUGUAUAAUAUGAAUGUGUUGGACUGCGGUUGACUAUUCGUAUUGUACGGCGGGUUGUUGACGUGUCCGGGGAGGUCCGGGGCGUGACACACAGAAUUCUCAGAUAUUUGAAAGGUUCUAUAGGGCAAGGCUUAUUAUAUUCCUCUACUUCCAAUUUACAGCUCAAAGGCUUUUCAGACGCUGACUGGGCAAGCUGUGUUGAUACCAGAAGAUUAGUCACAGGUUAUUGCAUAUGUCUAGGCAACUCACUCAUUUCUUGGAAAUCCAAGAAGCAAAAUACAGUUUCCAGAAGCUCUGCUGAAGCUGAAUAUAGAGCACUUGCUACUUCAGUUGCAGAAAUUCUGGGGUUAAUGCAGCUCUUCAAGAGUUUCAAGCUUCCUAUUUCAUCUGCUACUAUAUAUUGUGACAGUAAAUCUGCUCUAGCCUUAGCAGCAAAUCCUAUUCAUCAUGAAAGAAUCAAGCAUGUGGAAAUAGACUGUCACUUCAUAAGAGAGUGGAUCCAAUCUGGUGUCAUUCACACUCUUUAUGUUCCAAGUCGUUUUCAAUUGGCAGACAUCCUUACCAAACCAUUAGGCAAAGAUACAUUUCAUUUCUUAUUAUCCAAGAUGAGUGUACAAAAUUUGUACUCUCCUCUUGAGGGGGGGUAUUGGAGCUCACAGAUAAAAGUCAACAAAGAGGAUACAUGCACACGUCAACAUACAGAAGAAAUAAAUAGAAGUAGCUAGAAUCUUUCAUACAGUUAGUUAGUUACAAAUUAAUUUGUAGCUCCUUUUUAAUGUGCGAACUCUGUAUCUUUCAUUUCUCCAAUAAUCGAAGUUCAGUUCUCUCCUUCUUCAUUCAUACUAGUUUCUUCUUCUGUAAACAUGGAUGAU